GCAAACCUGCAACUCCAGACACCCUCUUCGGGGAUGUCCCCUCUGUUCCAACCUCGCUGACGGGCCGCCAGAGGGAGGGAGCGCUAAGCGGCGCGCCAAACGCCUCCCAAGAAGGCUGGGCAGGCGCGGGCCGGGAAGGGCACGCAGUGGCAUCUGGCUCCUCUUGGCCACGCGUCUGCGCCCGCCGGUGAAAGAUGUUCAACCGCGCGGUGUCCCGGCUCAGCAGGAAACGGCCGCCUUCAGAAAUAAAUGACAGUGACAGCAAGCCAAGCAGCAGCCACCAAAGUCUAAAUGGCACCACAAGAUGGGCUACAUCGCUGGAAAACCUACUGGAAGAUCCAGAAGGCAUCAAAAGAUUUAGGGAGUUUUUAAAAAAAGAAUUUAGUGAAGAAAAUGUUUUGUUCUGGCUAGCAUGUGAAGAGUUUAAGAAGAUACAAGAUAAAAAACAGAUGCAAAAAAAGGCAAAUGAAAUUUACAUGACUUUCCUGUCAAGUAAAGCUUCUUUUCAAGUCAAUGUUGAAGGGCAGUCCCGUUUGGAUGAAUCAAUAUUAGAAAAGCCUCAUCUUCUGAUGUUUCAGAAACUUCAAGACCAGAUCUUCAGCCUCAUGAAAUAUGAUAGCUACAGUCGCUUCUUAAAGUCAGAUAUGUUUCUUAAACUGAAGCAAACUGAAGAACAGGAAGAGAAUUCACCAGAUGCUCAGACUGCUGCAAAAAGAGCUUCUAGAAUUUACAACACAUGAUCCAAAUAGUAACAAAUGAUAUAUUCCACUAGCCCUGUAAUGAACAUAAAAUGGGUUCUCAAGAAGGGUCUCUGAGGUUAACACAAAUGCAGUCAAAGCUUGGAAAACACAGGUUAUGCAGUGCUUAAAUUAUAAACUCCUUGAAUGAUCAAAUUGUUUUUGCACGAUGUCUACUACUGAAUCACCUUGCCCAAGGCUGUUAAAGCAAGGCCCAGGAACAACUGACAAGACUUGUAUUGUGAGUAAUCAGCAAAAAGAAGACUACAGUGAUAUUUCCCAUCUGGUUUGGAUAUCCUUCUCAAAGGGGGGAGGGGGAGUAUAUCAUAAGCAUUAUUAUAAUUUUGAAAGCAGAGACACUGUGUGGAAAAGACAGUGUCGUUGUUAGAAGCUUUCAAGAACCUAGUCUCAGUACAGUCAUAUCUUUUGUGCCUGAAUUUUGGGUUCUUGGUAACAAAACUGAAUUAAAAAGAGCUAUUUUUUUCUCUGCUAUUUUGAGAAAUAUAUAUUCUGCUCUCUAAGGAAAACACAAAAGCAGUGGAAUGUUGAUGUUGCCACUGCUUUUAAACCUUUUUUAGUAGGAAAUCGUAGCUAUUAAGAAAAGCAAUCUUUGUUUUCCUCUUAAUAAAGCACAAACUCUUUGCUGCUGCUUUCUAGUGGCUUUUAUAGUACCGGCUUGCUAUUCCUUGAUUUUUAAAUCUAUUUGGGCUGGAAAGAUUACCUAUUUUUCCAGUGUGUCCUCAUUGUUAAAGGUGAUUACAUUUUCUUCCUUGGAAAUCAAACUUCCCAAGCAGUGGCUUUAACUUAUUAUAUCACUUCUCAUUCUAGAGUACUGUAGCUUCCUUUAUGUGCUACAGUAGCUUUUUGCACAUUCCUAAAAGCAACUCACAGCCAGUUUAGUGCUGUUAAGACAUGUGUGUCAGACAACUUCAGAAGAUUCUUUUUUCUGCACUCAAAAUUCAUUUGGGGAUUUACCUACUAUAGAUAGUGCAUCUAUUCACUUUGCAAUGUUUUCCAACUGUAAUGUUUUCAACAGCAAGUAUAAACAAGCUAUAAGCUUUCCCAAUUUCCCCAUCCUUUUGAGUCCAAGAGAUUUUAUUUUUACUGUGUAUAUUCUAUGUUUUUACAUUUUUAAUAUUUUUCAUGUGCUGCCAUGGGGCCUUAAGAUAUAAACUAAUUCUCCACCUCUUCAUUUCCACCUGUUCACAUUAACCCUUGUAAUGUAAACAUAAAGCCCUUAUAGCAUCUUGUUUUGGUUUCCAGCUUUUGUGACAAACUUGACAGUAUUAAAGAAAAAACGGGUUGACAAAUUUGGUAGGGACUACAUGUCAUCCAGUCCAAUGCCUAUAAUUCCUCUAUUGUAGAACACAUCGCUCUAUUUCUAAACAAUUCAGUCGUUUCUACCUUGCACCUCUGGACACGAUGCAUCUACCUAAAGCUUCAAUGUCAUUCAUUUGUAAUUUAUGAAAUUGAAUAAUUUGGCAGUACAGAACUCUAAAAGCAUGCUGACCACUUCCUACGCAUAAUCCAUACACAAAUUCAGGAAAAACCAGGUUCUGAAGAUUUACAGCAGAAGCCAGCUAUGCACAGGGCUCUUUGGCCAGUACUUAUGCUGUGACAACCAGCUCUUGUUGCUGGAGCAGUUUUGUAAUGUUUUUAAAUUGACUUUUUAAUAAAAAAGGAAUGGUUUUUAAUGACAAUGGGAUAUAUUUGAAAGGUACUUUAUAUGGACCUCCAAUUGCAUAGGAAUGAAAUACAAGUAUAAACAAAUCAGGCACAAUACACUGUUUUGGCAGCUGGAAUAUCCCGUAAAUGAGGUUAUGAUGAAGAGAAAUCGUUUAGCUUCCAGCCUGAAUUCUUGAACAGAAACUUCUACAAGAACUAAGAACAGGGAAAUUAAAAGUUUCUAGGAAGGGUGGAUAAGUGUUGAGACACACAGAAAGCCACUGGGGCUUGCAUGGAACCUAUGGAGCAGGAUGGGUGACAUGGCCCACCCACCCUAGCGGAGGGGAGGGAAGGGAGGAACAGAAAGCUUUGACAGUCACAAAGAAGAUUUACAUUGACUCAGUCUGUACAUCAGUUUCUUCCAUACUGUCUUCACGUUUUGUUGGUGCCAACAGAUUUGUGAAUGUUGUUCUGACUUGCACUGGUAGUGACUGAGUUUGCCUAUGUUUGGAAACAUUCCUGUUCCUUGCUUGGGAGGGGAAGAGCAUUUUCCCAUGUGCUGGAAUAACCAUGAUAUGAAACAGUAAGGCAUCAUUAAAACAUUCAGAUAAACCUCCAUCCAAACAAGCUACUUUUUCCCUUUUCAGGUUGGAGUUGCUUCCAGACAGAAAAGCUUAACUGGCACAAUUUUUUUGUAUGUUUAUGUUUUAAACUCGUUAAUUUGAUGCCAAAUGACUACGCUGUUGUUAAAUGUGAGAAGAGCAGAUUGGCUGGCAUACUGUAUUUACAAGUUCUGCCAUGUGUAGUGUAAUUCCAACUCAUAUUUUCUCAUUGUUUACUCUUUCUUCCUUUACGUGUGGCCCAUAUUGCUUGCCUGUACAAUUUAGCUUUAGAAUAUUUGAAACUGUGGAAGGCCAGUGUGUUUCACAGAGUAUUAUUUCUAACAAUGUGUUUUUUCUCACUAUAAUUUACCAUGCAAAGGUAUAGAAGUCUGUCUAUAGCUUUUUUUUUAAUGACACAAAUCAUUGCCUUUACAGCCACAUCUGUCAUAUAUAUGAGGGGCGUGUGUGGGAGCUAGCAAAGCCUGUAUCCAUACAUAGUUUCCUGAUGUCAUCCUGUACCAAAAAAAGCAUUUGUAGGCAUAGUAAUCAUUAUUCCACAAACACAAUAAGACUCAUCCACAGUUUCUUCACAGAAGCAUGCUUUAUUUUGUGCUAGCACUAGAAUUGUUGCACAUGCAUAAUCUGUAUUCCUUGCUCAUUAUCUAAAUGUUAUGCUAGUGCCUGAUAGGCAGCAGUAUCUCCUAGUCAGCUGACAAUAGUGACCCCCUUGUGUACAUUGCAGAGCAGCCGAGGUAUACAAAGGAAUGUUGUGCGUGAACCCUGAACUGCCAACCUUAAUGUAGGGGAGAGCAAAACAAAUUGUCUCCUCACCCCACAAAUUGAGAAUUCCUGCUUUCAGUGAUGCAGGGAAGGGAGAUGAAGUGCUAGCCAUGUUUUGUUGGAGUGGAUGCAGCAGCAGCAGCAGCAAUGAUUAGUCUGCUUCAAGUCUGUAACCCCUCUUUCUAGCAGCAGUAGUUACAACAGGUGGUUAGAUAAAACGACCUUAUGUUUUCGCACCCUUCACAGCAACUGUUGCAGAAGUUGAAUGACUAGGAAUUAUCCAGUGCAGCACUUCCAUUUGGAGUGAAAAGUCACUUGCUGGCAGUGAGGGGUGGGUGGGUUAUGGCCUUUUGUGCACAAGUCAUUUGCAGCUCUUUCAGGAUGGAAAUAAAGCAUUUUAUCCAUGGAGUUCUAAAUUGCUUCCCUCCCCCCCUUUAAUUGUGGAAACAUUUCCAAAACAUUUUUUCUCCAUUGUUUUACAGCGUUUCUUUUCACGUAAAUGUUUCCAUCCUGCCUUCCCUCACUGUGCGGUCAUAACUAAAACUGCUGCCAUUUUCCAUGCCUCUGUGCCAUCACCGAACUUUCACAUCAGCACCAUUUUUUCAUGUCCCUCACCUCAAAAAUUUUUUUGAAAAUCCCCUCACGUUGGCCAUGAAAUGUUUAGAGGAGGUGAGUGUGGAGAAACAUGGUAAAAAUUAGGGGAUUGAAAACAGUCUGGAAACAUGUUUUAAGGCCUAUGUUUUAAGCUGUAAGCUGUUCUCGCUUUUUCACGUUACUUUGUACAAUCUUGGAGCACAGGUGGAUUUAGAUGCCUAUUUUACCUCUAAGUAUUUGGAUAGUAAUAAGCAAUCAGGGAAGACCUGGCUAUCAACUUAAUGCUCUGAUGAGGAGAUUUCUGGGGCUCCUGGCUGAUGCCCCCUGGGAACUGAAUGCAAGUCUUUGGUCUAAUCCAGCAAGGCAAUUCUUAAUCUCCGGAAGUUAUCAAAAUUGCAUCUGUCCAGUAUUCAUUUGUUUAUUUAUUUAAUUGUUAGUCUUUUAAUAAAUGUAUAGUAGUGUC